AGAAACUACUCUUAUUGUUAGUGUACUUUAAGCAUUCUAAUAGCAGCAUAACCUUUCAAGCACUUUAACUACGUUCAAAUUAAAGCGUGAAAUUUUAUAUUAUAUAAUAACUCUCUUAUUGCAAAUUCAACCUUUAUCUAAGAAAGAACCAAAAAUUUGAACUAUAAAUUGUACAAAGUUAGUACUAUAUGUAUUACUGUUGUGAUUUUCCAAAAGAAUUUUAUCAUACGCAAAAUAGAAUAAAACUUCAAGUUUCUGGAUAAGUUUAUAGAUCAAAAUGUCUACAAAAGGAGUUUUUUCGUUAGUCUUUAUUAGAAAAACAAUGGAAAUUUUAUUGGGCUGCAAAAAACGAGGAUUCGGAAAAGAUAAAUGGAACGGUUUUGGUGGUAAAGUGGAACCAGGAGAAUCUAUUUUUCAAGGAGCUGUGCGUGAAUUAAAGGAAGAAUGUGGUUUAUCUGCACAAAAAUUAAAAAAAGUUGGAAUUUUAGAAUUUGAAUUUGAGGGAAAUGAAGGUCUAUUAGAAGUUCACGUUUUUGAAACAUAUGAGUAUUGUGGAGAUAUAACAGAAACUGAAGAAAUGCGACCAAAAUGGUAUAAUUUGAAAGAUAUUCCUUUCAAACAAAUGUGGCCGGAUGAUGAAUAUUGGUUCCCUUACAUGUUACGAGGGGAAUUAUUCAGAGGAUAUUUUUUGUACCGAGGUCAAGACCUAAUUCUUAAGUAUAACAUUGAAACUAUGGAAGAACUACCAGCAUUAGAUCAUAUCUCUUAACAUUCACUUUUCAUUCUUAACACACACCCUGCUAUACAUUAUUAAUAAGUUUAAUUAUUAUUAAAAAAAUUCACUUUCACAUUUUUAUAAUUAUAAUAAAAUUUGGCUUUAUACUAAUUUGAUAAUCUUUUUAGUAGUAAAACCAUCUUGUAAUCAUUACUUUUUAUCACUCAUUAGUCUUAGACUAUAUCAAGAAAGAUUUUUAAGCAGACAUUAUACAAAUAUGUUACAUUGGUAUUACAUUAAUUGUACCUGUUUGCCGAUUUUCCAUCAACUAAAAGCACAUAUGCUAAACUGUAUCCGAUAUACAAAUAUUUUGUGAUAUUUCAGAGAUCAUUAAAUAAUUUUUCAAAUAU